AUGAUGUCUUCAGUUAGAACUAUUACUACAACUAGAUUAUUAUCCACUACUCCAAUCAAAGCAGCAGCAACUUCGCAAACACCACGUCAUUUGAUCAAUAUAGCUCAAUUGACCAAUGAUGAAUUUUCUUCAUUGAUAAAUAAAGCUUAUCAAUUCAAGCAAUUGGUCAAAUCAGACAAACCAUCAAUUGAAAAUCAUCAAAAAUUGUUGGGUAAAUUAGUUGCUUUAUUAUUCACAAAGAGAUCCACCAGAACCAGAAUAAGUACUGAAGGAGCUGCAUCAUUUUUUGGAGCUCAACCAAUGUUUUUAGGUAAAGAUGAUAUUCAAUUAGGCGUCAAUGAAUCAAUGUAUGAUACCACAAAAGUUAUCAGUUCAAUGACAUCGUGUAUUUUUGCUCGUGUCAAUAAACAUCAAGACAUUUUAGAUUUAUGUCAACAUAGUUCAGUUCCAAUUGUUAAUUCAUUGUGUGACAAGUAUCAUCCCUUGCAGGCCAUAGCUGAUUUAUUGACCAUAAAGGAACAAUUUGGUGAUAAUUUAAAGGGGUUAAAAUUAACAUGGAUUGGUGAUGCUAAUAAUGUCAUUAAUGAUUUAUCUAUUGCUUGUUUGAAAUUAGGUAUAAAUGUAUCGAUUUCAAUACCUAAAAAUAUCACAUUUGAUCAGGAUGUGGUUGAAAUAGCUGAAAAAUUAGCUAAAGAACAAAAUUUGAGUUUUGAAAUUGUUAAUGAUCCUAUAGUUGCUUUGAAUAAUGCAAAUAUUGUGGUCACUGACACUUGGAUCUCUAUGGGUGAAGAAGAACAAAAAUUGGCUAAAUUAAAACAAUUUGAAGGUUAUCAAAUUACUCAAGAAAUGUGUAAAUUAGGUAAAGUCAAUUCGAAUUGGAAGUUUAUGCAUUGUUUACCUAGACAUUCUGAAGAAGUUGCUGAUGAUGUGUUUUAUAGUGACAAUUCAGUAGUUUUUGAAGAAGCAGAAAAUAGAUUAUAUGCUGCUAUGGCUGUGAUUGAUGGAUUUGUCAUCAAUAAAGGUGAUUUAUUGAAAUAA